AUGAAGUCAAGCCGACGCAAACAGACAAAUCCUAACCGAGUCGCUGCAGGAACUGUGGACACUAGCUCUGUUGUUGUGCCGCUUCUUGGUGAUACGCCAGUUAAAGAAGACGAGGCAGUUGACGAGAUCGUUAAUGACAUGGAAGAGAGCCGUUCUCCUCAACCCUUACUAACCCGCUGUCCCAGUUCGGAUUUCGAGCUGCCGUUAGACAUGCAUGUAUCAACGCAUACCGGUUCUCUUUGCUUUGACAGUUUUUCUAGAAAAAGCAGCCCACAAGAACACGAAAGAGAAUUCCAGGGGUCUCUGGUAAAGAGACCACGACUGCAAGCUCCAGGGGAGGAUUUCCCAACAGCUUAUCACAGACUGGGCAGACAACUCCUAGAAAUAAAGAAUGAACCUUUGGCUAAUGGUAAUCUAGGUGAUGAGUUGUCUUCUACCCAGAUUUUAGAUUCAGCUUCACAAGAACACGAAGCAGAAUUCCACGAAUCUCUGAUGAAGAGACAACGAUUGCAAGCAUCCGGCGAGGAUUUCCCAACAGCUUAUCAUAGGCUUGGCAGACAACUCCUAGAAAUAAAGAAUGAAACUUUGGCUAAUGGUCAUCUAGGUAAUGAAUUUUCCUCAGCCCAGCUUCAAGAUUCAACUCCCUCCCCAAAGGAUAUGAUCAAUUCUUUGUCGGCAUUACUUCCGGCUUCUGAUAAGCCGGAAGAACAAACAGUAUUUUCAGAACUUUCUCAAGCACCAACUCCAAUAUCCCUUAAACUUAACAAGGACAUCAACGGUGAAUCAGUCAGUGGCAAAACGGACAGAAUCUUCCACAUGGAUGCCUACUGCGAUCUUUGUGAUCGAGAAUUCUGCAACAAGUAUUUUCUAAAGACUCAUAAAGCCAACAAACAUGGUAUUUACGAAGACAGCUCUCCUCCUGCUGGUAAUCUUCCCCUACCUUACACUGGCUUGAUGAUCCCACAGGAUCCCUUGGCUUCGUUCAAUUUUAAGAUGGAUUCGGUGAAGCCCCCUUUAUCUGAACCUCUCUUACCCUGGUCAUUUAAACUGGACUCCUCAUCACAGGCGAAGAAGCCAGAGGAUACAGCAAGCAUGAAGUCUGCAGCUUCUUCUGUAAAUAUGUUUCCCGUAUCGUGUACAUCAAGCACAACAUCUGCAGAACCAUCUCUAAAGAUGUGUCCCAUACCUUUACCACAGAUGGAAAGUCCUAAACCUGCUGUAAGCAAAAGCAGCAUCAUCAGCAGCAGCAGUAGUGGGGGUGGCAUGCCUCGAACCUCAGAUAUUGUAUCUAUCAACACCUGUAACGCUACAACAAUACUCACAAACAUCACCAACAGCAUCAAGAGCGAGAUAUCCUCCAGCGGAGCCCCACCAGCCAAUGACUCCAGCAUGGAAGAUUACUGCCAUAUUUGCCAGAAGCACUUCUGCAAUAAAUAUUAUCUCAGGAAACACAAACAGGAUGUGCACGGCAUAGCGCCUGAAAACCCUCCUAGCAACUCCAAUAAAAGGUCUAGGUCUGGUCUUCUAGACCUGCCUAUGACAUCAACUAACCACAUGAUGCUGCCACAACCCUUGGUUAGUCUAGCAGGAAUGCACAGUCUUCCAGGCAUGCACGGAAUGCCAAUUAUGUCGAGUAUAUCCAACAUGACCAAUAUGCACCCAGGCCUGAUGGUCAUUAACCCUUAUAGUCUACCUCCAGUUGCCAUCAUUCCUGCAGGCUCCCUAAUGCCUGGCCAACAACUGGCACCCCCUCCACAUCCCAUGAGAAGCCAGUCUCUAGGCAUGAAUCCAAUGUCAGAACCCAAUAUACUUUCAAAUCCCCCUCAAACUUCUGUAUCCUCAAUGAAUGGACAUGCAUCUACUCAUUCUCCAAAGUCUAGCCCGAAUGUCUACGAGGGUGGAGUACACUGCAAUAUAUGCGCCAAAGAAUUUUGCAAUGAAUUUUAUUUGCAGAUACACAAGGAGAGUAAACACGGAAUUCGGAAACAUAACGAAGAAGAGCCUCGAGAUAAAGCUAUUUCCUUAGUGAAAGAUAAGAACACAGACAAUACAAGUCCCCAGUCGGUGUCUCACAAUGCGAGAAGCGAGUCUGCAUCUAUGAUGCCAAGAUCUCCCUUCGAUCGGACACCUAGUGCUGAAAGUAAUAUGUUCAUUUGUAACUUCUGCAACAAAGACUUCUCCAAUAAAUAUCUUUACAGGAUCCAUCGCAUUCAUGAUCACGGCAUGAAUGAACUUAUUGAUCCAACCCUUGUGGAAAACGGUGAACUCCCUCACAGAGAGCAUAUCCUCAACAGUAUGAACGAAUCUCUGAGAAUGGCCACUGAUGCCUGCUUUGCUUCCAGCUUUGAGAAUCCUCCUUCCAAUAAAACUCAGGAAAGUGUAGUUUGUGAAAUUUGCAAUAAACAGCUUACCAACCAGUAUUUUCUGCGCCUUCACAAGUUUCACGUCCACGGUGUAGACCCGAAUGCUAAUGAGAAAUAUAACACUAAGCCAGACAACUCUCUUCUCAUGUCCGUUUGUAGACCCAAGACACCGCCAACGUCAGGCAGCUUCUUAAACUCCUCACUUAGUCAACAGUCUUUGAACCUGACCUCGGCGUCUGGGAAGCAGCCGUUGCUGUCAUUUCUCCCACCAAAAAUGGAUUUCAAAGACAUGCCACCUUACCCAGAUUUCAGCAGAGAUUUCAAAAGUUUCAGGGACAUGCCUCCUUUCCUUGUUGAUUCACUCGGCAGUGAUCUGUUUAGAAGGUCUCACAAUCAAGUAAUGCACAUGGAUCUCAAUUUCUUUGGCUUGCCUUCUCUAGGAAAGUUACCAAUGGAUGACAGUGUCAAACUCAACUUUGACCCGGAAGCUUACUGUGAGAUUUGCAAAAAGGAAUUCUGCAGCAAAUAUUUUCUUCGCACUCACAAACAAAAUAUUCAUGGUAUUAAAAAUGAUGCGAUUCCUUCUUCUAAUUCAAAAAGUUCAGACGGUGAUAAAUCUAGCACAUUAUCGCCUCCAAAACCGAAUUUGAACAUCAGUAAUGGAAAACCCUUAGAUAGCCUAGACAAAAACCCUUGGCGAUGGAAGGAGCCAAUAAAUUCUUCUCGAGUUAUUUGCGACAUUUGUAAUAAAGAAGUUUGUAACAAGUAUUUCCUACGAACACACAAACAGAAGAAGCAUGGGAUAAUCCCCACAUCACAGUCGCCAAACGUCAGCAUGAACGGGUCACCAAUAGCUUGUGAUUGCGACACUGCAUCUAACACUUCAAGCCAGGCUGAUGAAAAACCUUUCAAGAUGGAUCCACUUAUUCUGCCUCAGAUGAUUCCCCUUCCUCCAACAGAGAGAUUGUCAGAGAAGUUCAACAUGAAACAUUUACACUUUGGAAACGGUAAUAGCAAUAAAGAGAUCUCCCUCAAUAACAAUACAGAACAAUGCGAAACUUGCAACAUUUGUAACCGAAUGUUUAAGAACCUGAAGUGGUUGAAAGAACACAUUAUGAAAGAUCACUCGAACAAUGAAGCCUUAAAUAUGAGCUCUAAGAAAUCCUCCUCUCUGUUCACCUGUAAGGUCUGUGGGGUCGACUUUCCAGCAGAGCUCUCUGUCCAGCUGCAUUUGAUUCAAGAGCAUAAUGCAAGAGUUACGCUUGACACUGAAGAGUCACAAAUUCCAACGGAGGAAGCUAAUUUGCCAGCUAGUGAAGGCAACAGUACUAGAGUAGCUGAACUGUACGGGAGAUGGACGCUGAGGAAGAAGGUUACAAAUCACCAGAGACUGAAAAAAUAUGUUUGCAACAGAUGCGGCUUUGACAGCCAUUGGUUGUCGUCCUUGUUGGACCAUGAGAGAAAUGAACAUGGCUUCAUUUCAGAUGAAGCGCCUUCAUACUGUUGCAAAAGUUGCCGCCACCUCUUCCCAUCUUUAAACUCGCUGUCUGCUCAUUUGAUCUCCAUUCAUGAACUCAACAUUGACGAAGCACUUCACGAAGUCAAAUUCGCAGAACCAACAUUUCCUAACAGUUAUAAAUGUGCGCAUUGUCCCGCUGUGUUCCCUACUCGAUCUUGGGGCAUGGCUCAUGUACGGCACGUUCACAUUCGUAGCCGUAAAGAUUUAGCCGUUAAAAACUCAUUCGUGAAGAAUGUGUUCCGAUGUUCUUUUUGCUGCUUCAAAACUCAUUUCGCUUUCCGCCUUCAGCAACACAUCAAAUGUCGACACACGACAAGUUCACGACCAGUGUAUCCAUCUUCUCGGAUUUUAAAACCUUCUUCAGCGUCCAACUUAAAUUUUCACAAGUCUUAUGACGUUUCAAGCCCAGACGACACAUCCCGGGAGGACAGCACAUUAAUGAGUGCCAGCUCCAUGUACAAGAGCAUCACUGUUUCGCUUCUAUCAGGCCCAGAAUGCGACGGGGUGAAGACUCCUACAAAAGCACUGGACACAGAGACCCUUCUGUUGCAUAACUAUAAACUGCCCAUCUGCUCCAGUCCUGUUGAUUCUGCAUCAUUCAAAAUGGCUCUUCAGACAUCUGCUUCGGCUGUGGUUAGUUUGUGA